AUGUCUUUAACCCUGCGAUUAGCCCCCAAAAGGCAUAAACCUCAGUCAAACCUUUGUCUUUAAUCAAUUGGAAUCUCCAAACCAUACCGGGAAUUUCACUAUAACCUUCAGCAUAAACAAGAUGUGGUACCGCUCAGCCUCUUUCAUUCUCGACAAUCGGAAGUUAGGGAACGACGUCGUAUCUUGCCUCGAAAGCCACCCGCUCUCCCCCGCCGACACAGCAUCUUCCACCACCAUGCCCAACGAAAACCAUGAGCCGAAAAUCUCCCUUUACUACCAGACACGCGCCGCUCACUAUGGAGUCGUGACUACUGACUGGCUCGCUCAGGCUGAAGCCGCUGUGACCUGCCACUCUGAUGACGAGGCUUCCAAGAAUUCCAUCGGCGGUGGGGAAGAUUCGGAAGAGGGGUUGAACGUGGUGGACGAUUUUAAAAACUGGCGGAAACAGCCCGAUUUGGCGGAAGCUGUGGCGGCUAUUAGGGCUUUGGCUUCAGUUAUUCGGUCGAGCCAAGCCACAACUAUGAUGGGACUCGAAAUUGAGCUAAAAAAAGCGGCUGACUCUCUAAAGUCAUGGGACACUACCUCUAUCUCUUUAACAGCUGGCUGCGAUCUGUUUAUGCGCUAUGUAACGAGAACUUCUGCUCUGGAAUACGAGGACUUCAAUUCAGCCAAAUCUCGCCUUCUUGAACGUGCUGAGAAGUUUGGCGAGUUAUCAUUAAAGGCUCGAAGAACAAUUGCAAUGCUCAGUCAAGAUUUUAUAUUUGAUGGUUGUACCAUUUUAGUGCAUGGUUUCUCGCGUGUUGUUUUGGAGGUUUUGAGAACAGCAGCACAAAAUAGGAAACUCUUUCGAGUGUUCUGUACAGAGGGAAGACCCGACAGGACAGGAUUACGGUUGUCCAAUGAGCUUGCCAAGCUUGACAUUCCUGUGAAGCUUUUAAUAGACUCCGCUGUGGCAUAUAGCAUGGACGAGGUAGACAUGGUUUUCGUUGGAGCAGAUGGAGUGGUAGAAAGUGGAGGCAUAAUAAAUAUGAUGGGCACGUACCAAACUGCAUUGGUGGCUAAAAGCAUGAACAAACCAGUGUAUGUUGCUGCAGAAAGCUACAAGUUUGCUCGACUCUAUCCACUGGACCAAAAAGACAUGGUACCUGCAUUACGCCCAAUUGAUUUUGGAGUGCCUAUUCCUUCCAAGGUCGAGGUUGAAACAUCUGCCCGGGAUUAUACGCCACCUCAGUAUCUCACGUUACUCUUUACAGAUUUGGGUGUGCUAACCCCAUCAGUAGUAAGUGACGAGCUCAUCCAGCUGUACCUAUAACAAUAAUGAGAUCUAAUUUAUUCGUGUUACCGUUACAACUAACUUAGCAGCAACAAUUCACUGUGAAUGAUAAAGACGGGACCAUUUUUACAUCAGUUGAAUAUGUCAAGGACAGGCUGUUAUUAGCCCUUGAAUUUCAUAUUUUGUGUACAGCCUACUGUGCUGUUCCCUGAAUUUUGGGUAUCUGCACCUGUUUCUUUGAUAUCUUUUUUGACUUGUA